AUGGUAGAGCAACCCGCAAACGUGAAUACCCCAGUUGUGGUUGAUUCAAACGAUGAUGGAACAGUUGCCCAGGAACUGGAAUUAGAGCAUAUGAGGAGUACAUUGGAAGAGGCGAUUGUGGAAACUCGCAGUACGCCUCUCGAAAAUCGACCGCGACUUCCCCGCAUAGCCCUAAGCAAGCGGAAUCGGGCUGUCGUGAGGGCUCUGAACCCAAUGCUGGUGACCUAUUUGGAAGCCAGCCGGGACCUUUGCGAGACGGACUCAAUUCUUUUUGGCGCCGCGCUGGCAGUCUGCCGUAUCAUAGGCGCCAAGUUUUCCACGGCUGGACGUGCUACUGGCCAUAGUAGCGCUAUCCCAGCACGGAGAAGAAGAAUUGAGGAACGUAUCGCAAAGGCUAGAGCUCUCAUAGGCAGACUGAUAUGCUUCAGAUCAGGCAACAACAGGUCAAGAAUUGUGCGCACCGUCAGGAUGGCGUUUGCUGGGACAAAUGUCAGAGUUAGAAAGCGCCGAACAACCGGAGAUAACAUGCCUAAGUGA